AUGAGUCUCGCCGAAGCAGCCACCAUCACCCGCGAUGACCGUUUCGCCAACACCGAGUCUGUCGAUGACCAGCGCUUAGGUGACUCAACCCCUCGAGCCAGCGAUUUCAACAGCGAGGCCGAUGAAAGAGAAGAUACAAAGAAGGACGGGAAGAGCAAGAUGCGCAGCUUGUUCGGCCUCGGCAAGAAGAAGCCCUCUGUGCUUACAAAGUCUGAUUCCAAGCCCGACACAAACAACUCCAAGUCUGAAUCCCAACCGGAAUCUCGUUCUGAGUCACAAACUCCUUCCAACGCGAAUUCCAACCCUGCCAGCCCACCUCUAUCCCGAGAUGCUUCCAAGCUGUCCUCGAAACAGCCAUCAUGGCCUCCUGCUAGCGAGCAGAGCUUUGCCCUCCCCUCAUCUCCAGGUCGCGGCUUCACCGGCUCUCCACGACUUUCCUCGCCAGCCACAUCACAGAUCUUUGAGCGUGAUGUCCAGGAUAGCACUGUGCUCAAGCCCAACUCUCCGGCCAUCCCUACACAUAUUCAGACCGAAAACUACAUUCCUCCCGUUCUUGACGAUGCGUCCGAGGCCAUCACGAACGAAAAGCUGGACCCUGAUACAGUCGAGAUUGUAACCCACAGCUCGCAUCAACCCGCGGCUGUGACUGUUACAGGAGCCAGCAAUGUUCUUCCCUCGUACGACCUUGGAGCCAGCGAGUGGGUAGCCGAGCUCGCUUCCUUUGCUGACCGAGAGGCUGUCUCGGCCGACAACGCUUCUAACUACGGCUCCUUGGACUCUUCCGAUGUCCGCCGGCUCUCGUUCAUUUCGUUUGCCGAUGUUGUACAGGCUGAACACAACCCUCUUUCCGGUGUUGCGAGCUCCCGCGACAGCAUCCACCUUGCAGGACUUACGUCUCUCCCAGCAGCGGUCAACCGUUCGCCUUCGCCCAUUCGAUCACCCGUGUCGAGCCAAGGACCCGAGACAAGCCCUCCCACAAGCAACCCUGGCAGCAUGAAGGGUAUCGAGUUGAGUCCAACUCGAAGACCUCUUGGUAGCCCGACAAGCACAAACAACCUCAAGCUCAACCCUUCAGGGGGUGAUCUGAACAUCGAGACCAUGAGCCAGGCCCUACGACGAACCGGUAGCAGUGAUCUGAGCCAUGUUCGCAGUGGUCCUGCAAGCCCAAUUGAGAUAACUCACCUUCGUUAA